AUGCGCACCGCCGACUUUCUGGCGGCUUUUCUCAGCCAAUUUCUGGCUUGUAUUGUUCUCGCAACGUCGGAAUCUUUAUCAGAAGGUCAAUGCUCUGAUCUCGGGUUUGCUUCGAAUAAUUUAAAGGUUCUUGUCGACAAUGCUGUAGCAACGACGAAGAUGAAGGAGAAGGAAAAACGAAAUAUCAUCGAGCAGUUCUUCAAUGAUCGUCCUGCGCGAUUUCCUUCAUUCAGUGUUCAAUAUGUUCGCGGUGCGGAUCCCAUCCUAAACUUAUUUAACGAACAAGAUGAGCAAAUCGAAUCGAUGGGUAUUGAAAAAUGGGAUACGGAUACACUAACAUCGUUUCUCGAAGAAAAUCUUGCCCAUUAG